GUUGGGUUCCGGGGGGUCGCGGGACCCGUUUGGGGGUCUUGGAGCGCUCGGGGGUCUGCCGUGGGCUGCCGUGACGCUGUGCUCCACCUCCAGGAACUGCGGCGUGACCCCAGAGUGGGACCGGAGACCCCAAAGCGGGGCAGCACCGCGGUGUGGGGCCUCAGAGCGACCAAAGGGACCCCAGGGCCUCAAACCGGGACCCCGAAGUGAUGGAGGACCCCAAGGAGGCAGAGGGCCUCACGGCGUCAAAGUGGAUCCCCGUGUCCUCAAACGGGGAUCCCCGUUGGGUUCCCAUAUCCUCAAACCGGGACCCUGCAGCAUCGAAGUGGAUCCCCAUGUCCUCAAACCGGGACCCCGCAGCAUCGAAGUGGAUCCCCAUGUCCUCAAACCGGGACCCUGCAGCAUCGAAAUGGAUCUCCAUAUCCUCAAACCGGGACCCCACGGUGAUGAAGGAGGACCCCCCCUCCUCAAAUGAAACCCCCGCGGCAGGGUGGGACCCCAAAGUGCCCCCUGAGGGGCGCCCCGUGGAAGAACGGGACCCCAGAGCGUCUCCCACUGCGGACCCCACGGCAGAACCUGACCCCAAGGCGUCCAAAUGGAUCCCAGUGUCCUCAAAUGGGGACCUCAAAGCCAUGAGGGGGGACCCAAAGCCCUCCAGCGGAGACCCCACGGCAGAACCUGACCCCAAAGCGUCCAGCUGUGCCCCCACGUCUUCAAACUGGGCCCCCAGAGCGGCGCCGUGGGACCCCACGUCCACAAGCAGAGACCCCACAGCAGAACCGAACCCCGAGCAGCACCGCAGGGCGGAGUGGGACCCCGCAGCCCCUAUGGAAGAAGAUCAGGACCUCAGGAGCCACGGAGUUCACCCCACAACAGACCCCGACCCUGAGCAGCGCCGCGUGGCGGAGUGGGCCCCCUCCCCCCCUGCGAACCCCUCGCCCCCUAUGGAAGAAGACCAGGACCCCACCACCCACCAAGUCCGCCCCACAACAGAACCAGUCCCAGCACCCUUCAGGGACCCCCCGGACGCCGAGGAGGACCCCCCCCUCCCCACAGCUGCAGUGGAAGCCAUGUUGGCCGCGGUGGCCGCCAGCCCCGUCCGCGUGCGCAGCCAGCAGCAGGGAGACCCCGAGCUGACGGCGGCCGAGCGGCACCGCGAGCUGCGGGCGCUCUUCCUCCGCAAACCCCUCGUCUUCCUCGAGCGCUUCCACGGAGCCCUGAGGGCCGAGCACCUGCCCUGCUUCGCCCACCUCCCCCCCUGCUACGAGGUCGCUUUUUACUGCCGCCAGGUGCGGGGUCGAAGGCGGCAGGACCCCGAAACCGGGGCGACCCGAUGGCCCCGAAGGCCCGGAGCCCGAACCCGACUGAGGAACCGGCGCUACGCGGCCCUGCGGCAGCUCAUCGCAGGUGUGGGGUCACGGAGGGGGGGGGCUGUGGGGUCUUUGAGGUCCUCGUGGGGUGGGACAUCACUGGGGAUGUGGGGGGCAAUGGGGACAUGGAAGGGAUUGGGGACAAUGGUGACAGCCAGGGUGACAGGAGGGCCUCCCCCCCCCACACACACAGAGGAGGAUGAAGAUGAAGAUGAGGCCGAAGGGCCCCACAUCCCUGAUGCGGGGGAGCGGGAGGUGCUGAGAGAGGAGUUCCGGAGCCGGAUGUACCAGAGGUUCCUGGACGGGGAGGACGGGGACUUCGACUACAGUCAGGUGGAUGAGAACCCCGACAUGGACAACCUGGACAUCGAAUCCCGCGACGCCGAGGAGCGUUACUUCGAUGA